UCUCUCUCUCUCUCCAUUUCUCCCCACAAUCCACAGCUCUCUCGGUGUAUAAUAGUGUUAUAGUCUCCAGUUUCUACUUCUGCUUGGCGGUUCACGUUAAUGAAGAUAAAAUGCGGACAAUAACAGGAAGCUGUGUCCUAUUUUUGUGGAUGCAAGUGCUGACCUUUGUGAAAAGUCAAGAUUGCACACUUGAGGCUUUUUUAAAAGGGCCCCUGUAUGAUUCAAAUUUUGACAUAACUGGAAUGGACGCCAGCUACCCUGGUGGAAAACAAGUAAGAGUGAGCUGCAGUGUUGGUUACAGUGGCUUUUUCAAACUGCUCUGUGUCGAAGGUAAAUGGCAGCCUAGAGGCAAGAAAUGUGAACCCAAAUCGUGUGGUCACCCUGGUGAUACAGCAUUUGCGGAUUUUAAUCUGGAAACAGGAGACGAUUUUGUUUUCGGAUCAAAAGUUGUAUACAAAUGCCACACAGGUUAUCAAAUGGUCAGUCGGACAAACUACCGACAUUGCAUGGCAGGAGGCUGGGAUGGUGUUGUUCCCAUUUGUGAAGCACAACAGUGCUCAGUGAUUCAUGUGGAGGAUAAUGUCCAGGUUGCUGGGGACCUAGAGGAAGCGACCUUUGGUAACGUGGUUCGAUUUAGCUGCAAGAACAGGAAUGAAGUCCUGAUUGGCACCCAGGAGAUCUAUUGUAAUGAACAUGGAGAGUGGAGCGACGACAAACCGAAAUGUGAAGAGAUAAAAUGCUCAGUGCCUGUGAUUGAAAAUGGCUUUGUCCAAGGAGACGUCACAGUCUAUAAAGAGCAGGAAGUCCUGCGUUAUCAGUGCAAUCCAGGCUUUAAGACUGCUGUGAUUGGACAUACAAAAUGCAUCAAACAAGGACAAAGAGCACAGUGGAGCCCCACACCUGCAUGUGAAUUGAUAACAUGUAAACUCUCACUGUUGACACUGAGAGGAACCAGCUACGAACCUGCCAAAAGUGUAUUCUUACGUGGGGACAGAGUAAGAGUAACAUGUGACGAAGACUACUGGAUUCAAAAUACUCAACAGACCUCAAUAGAUGCUACGUGCAAAGAUAACGGAGAUUGGAAUAUCUACCCCGUAUGCCAAGUGUUUACAUGCACUGCACAAGACUCACUGAAAAUGUACUGGACUUACAAUAGGACACCAAAAAAAAUAGGUGACACCUUAAGUUAUACUUGUAAGGCGGGUUACAAGAGCACAGAUGGCACCCGCAUGGCCACAUGCACCAGAGCUGGAUGGAGACCAGAUCCACAAUGUCAAGUAAUCACAUGCAACAGAAGAGAUAUCCCAAAUACAAACAUCGUCAACUCUAAAGAGACAUAUGUUUAUGGCGAGAGGGUGGAUUAUGUGUGCACGAAUGAAUUUGAAGGAGAAUUUUCUCUAACCUGUGAUGAGAAUGGUUUGAGAGGAAGAACCACUUGCAGAGAGAAGUUGUGUAAAAAACUCAACAUCAACCAAGCGCACAUCAUCAACAAUAACAAGAGAAGCUACAAGCAUGGAGAUCGAGUCCAGUAUGAAUGCCACAAUGAUAUGGACAAACGUUUCACUGUUGUCUGUGAAGCAGGUGUUUGGACUGGGAUUCAGCGGUGCACAGGUUCUACAGAAUGUGCUGAAGCAGAAAUCCAACAUGGUUUUGCCACUGGAGCAGACAAUGACACACUGUACUACACCUGUGAUGAAGGGUAUAAGCUCGUCACCAAAGGCUGGUGGGGUGAAGCCAAAUGUGUUGGUGGUGUAUGGUCUGGACUUGGACAGUGCAUCGAGAAAAGACAUUGUGAAGUGCCUGUGAUUCCUAAUGGGGACAUAACGUCUCAACAAAAGUAUUAUGAAGAAGGCAAAAGUGUCCAGAUUGUUUGUAACACAGGAUACAGUGCUCAGGUUCAAAGCUUGAUGUGUGUCGAGGGGAAAUGGCCUUCGGCAGGAAUACCAAUGAAGAAUAUCUGUGCACUCAUCUUCAAUCAGUGCAGUCCCCCACCUAAAGUUGACAACGCUGUUAUUGUGACAUCAUACCAGACGGAAUAUUUGUCUGGUUCUGAGGUCACUUACCAGUGCCGCCAGGGCCAUAAUAUUCAGGGAGAAGCGACGCUGACAUGCAAGAACGGGAAAUGGGACGAGAGGACCAUUGAAUGUAAACGUUCCGCUCCGCAACAGUGAAAGCGGUGUCCACAUAGGGUCAAGGACGGCUUAUUUUGAAUGCCAAAAAGGAGAUUUUUAUGUUUGUUUGAUGUUUUUUUUUUCUUUACAAACAUGCAUCACCUUGAUACACUGCUGCCAAACAUGUUACUUUUGCAAAGGGUAACAGUGGGUGUCUGAAUUUUAACAAUCAUUUGUGCAAAAAGUGUUGCUAUUGAGAAAGUUUGGCAUGUUGAAAUAAAAAUAAGGUAAACAG